AUGAAACUCCUUCCUCUUCUCGUCCUUCUGGUUCUUUUCCAACUCGGAGCAUCAAGCCUUAUGAGAAAUUGGAUGCACGACUUCGAGAGUCGCCUUCCAGUGGACGACUAUGAAGAUCCAGAAGACUUUGUGGAUCUUGGCUUCCACAAAUUUCCGAAAAAUAUGAUGUCUCGUUCACGACGUGGAGACAAGAUGAAGAUGUGCGGAGGAAAGGUGUGGAAGAUGGUGACGAUGGCUUGUGGAGGGCAAUGCACAAAAGAAGACGUGAAUAUCGCUACUUCAUGUUGCGAGACAAUGUGCACAAUGGAGGAGAUCAUCGGGCUGUGUUGCCCAGGACGCUAA